AUGACGCUGCCCGUCACCAUCCCAAGGCCAACUCCCGUCAGGAUCGCCAGUGCCACUCCUGUUUGGUUGGUGUUCAGUCGACUCACAUCCACAACUAUUAACCAUUUCGUUUCAUCGAAUGAUGGAGUAGCGGUUAAGAUGCCUGGCGUUGCUGCUGCAGUGAUCAUGUUCGAAUGCAAAGAGGUUCUCGCCUAUCACAUGCAGCGUGUAGCGCCUUCAUUCAGCUUAAAUGUGAAAUGUCAUUAUGAAGAUUUCAAUAACAAAAUGAAAAAAAUUGUAACUAAUUUGCUACUGUCUUGGUACGACUAUUAUUAUCUAGUUGGGAAAUACAGAGGGAGUUUGCAUUAA